AUGGCGCUGCCGCCGGUGGUGCCGCUGAUGCUGGUGCUGCCGUUGGUGCGGGCUUCCACGCCAUCGGGGCACGUACCGGGGGUGGUACCGGGGGUGGUACCGGGGCUUGUACCGGGGCUUGUACCGGGGCUGGGACCGGCCGAGGUCCCGUUGCCGGCCCAGCCCCCGGACGCUCUGUUCGCCGCCGGUGCCGAGGCGUACUCCCGCGGGGACUGGCCCGCCGUGGUGCUGCAGAUGGAGCGGGCGCUGCGGGCCCGGGCUGCCGUGCGCGCACGGUUGGUGCGGUGCCGCCUGCUCUGCGCCAACGCUACGGCCGGGGUGGCGGAGGGGGCCGAUCCGCAGCUCGAACCGGUGCUCCGCGACCUGCUCUUCUUCCGGGGGCUGCUGCGCCGUGCUGCCUGCCUGAGGGGCUGCGGGCCCGCCGAGCCCUCCCGUUACCGGCUGGCCGAGGAGCUGGACCGCGAGUUCAGCAAGCGCAGCCCCUACAACUACCUCCAGGUCGCCUAUUUCAAGAUGAACCGGCCGGCACAGGCAGCAGCAGCGGCUCACACCUUCUUCAUGGCCAACCCCGGGCACCAGGAGAUGAGGCAGAACCUGGAGUACUACCAGGCCAUGGCGGGUGUGCGAGAGGAUGACUUCACCGACCUGGAGGCCAAACCCCACCUGAGCGAGUUUCGUCUCGGGGUCCGGUUUUACACAGAGGAGCAACCGGGCGCUGCCAUCCUGCACCUGGAGAAGGCGUUGGAGGAGUAUUUUGUGGCGGACACCGAGUGCCGCGCGUUCUGCGAGGGACCCUACGACUACGAGGGCUACAACUACCUGGAGUACAACGCAGACCUCUUCCAGGCCAUCACAGAUCACUACAUGCAGGUGCUGAGCUGCAAGCAGGGCUGCGUUACGGAGCUGGCCUCGCAGCCCGGCCGGGAGAAGCCUUUGGAGGAUUUCCUGCCCUCACACUUCAACUACCUGCAGUUUGCCUACUACAACAAUGGGAAUUACGAAAAAGCCAUUGAAUGUGCCAAAACCUAUUUGCUGUUCUUCCCAAACGACGAGGUGAUGAACCAGAAUUUGGCCUAUUACACUGCAGUCCUGGGGGAGAACCUGGCAGGAGCCAUCCAACCCCGAGAGGAGAUCCAGGUGUACCGCCAGCGGAGCCUCAUGGAGAAGGAGCUGCUCUUCUUCAGUUAUGAUGUCUUUGGCAUCCCCUUUGUGGACCCGGACACAUGGACACCAGAAGAGGUGAUACCAAAAAGGCUGCGAGAGAAACAAAAGGCAGAGCGGGAGACAGCAGCGCGCAUCUCGGAGGAGAUCGGGAACCUCAUGAAGGAGAUCGAGACGCUGGUGGAGGAGAAGGCCAAGGAGUCUGCUGACAUGAGCAAAUUCAUCCGGGAAGGUGGCCCCUUGGUGUAUGAAGGAGCCACUGUGACCAUGAACUCCAAGGCUUUGAAUGGUUCCCAGCGCGUGGUGGUGGAUGGAGUCCUCUCCGCCGAGGAAUGCCGGGAGCUGCAGAGGCUCACCAACGCAGCAGCCUCAGCGGGGGAUGGCUAUCGUGGGAAGACAUCUCCUCACACCCCCAGUGAGACCUUCUAUGGGGUGACGGUCCUCAAGGCCCUCAAGCUGGGCCAGGAGGGCAAAGUGCCCCUGCAGAGCGCCUACCUCUACUACAACGCGACGGAGAAGGUCCGGCGCAUGAUGGAGUCCUACUUCCGCCUGGAGGUCCCGCUCCACUUCUCCUACUCCCACCUCGUGUGCCGCACGGCCAUCGAUGAGAAGCAAGAAGGCCGGAGCGACCACAGCCAUGAGGUGCACGUGGACAACUGCAUCCUCAACGCAGAGGCUCUGGUGUGUGUGAAGGAGCCUCCAGCCUACACCUUCCGGGAUUACAGUGCCAUCCUCUACCUCAAUGGGGACUUUGAAGGAGGAGCUUUCUACUUCACCGAGCUGGAUGCCAAGACUGAGACCGCAGAGGUCCAGCCGCAGUGUGGUCGUGCCGUGGGUUUCUCCUCCGGCUCGGAGAACCCCCAUGGGGUGAAAGCCGUGACCAAGGGCCAGCGCUGCGCCAUCGCCCUCUGGUUCACCCUGGACCCCCGGCACAGCGAGCGGGAGCGUGUGCAGGCGGAUGACCUGGUGAAGAUGCUGUUCAGCACGGAAGAGAGGGAUUUGCUGCCGGAGAUGGAGAAGGAAUCACCGGCUGCUGUUGUGGUGGCAAAGGAUGAGCUGUGAUGUCCCACUGGGACCAG